GUGAGAUUGGUUGAUGAUAUAUGGUUUAGUGAGUGUUUGAUUAUGGUUUUUGGGUUGAAUCCCAUGUAAUUGUGAACCGAUGUGAGAUUGAGGUUAGGUAUAUGGUUGAAUGAGCGUUUGAUUAUUGGUUUUGGGUUGAACCCAUGUAAUUGUGACCCGAUGUGAGAUUGAGGUUAGGUAUAUGGUUGAAUGAGCGUUUGAUUAUCGGUUUUGGGUUCAACCCCUGUAAUUGUAAACCGAUGUGAGAUUGAGGUUAGGUAUAUGGUUGAAUGAGCGUUUGGUUAUCGGUUUUGGGUUGAAUCCAUGUAAUUGUGAACCGAUGUGAGAUUGAGGUUAGGUAUAUGGUUGAAUGAGUGUUUGAUUAUCGGUUUUGGGUUGAACCCAUGUAAUUGUGAACCGAUGUGAGAUUGGUUGAUGAUAUAUGGUUUAGUGAGUGUUUGAUUACGAUUUUUGGGUUGAACCCCAUGUAAUUGUGAACCGAUGUGAGAUUGGUUGAUGAUAUAUGAUUUAGUGAGUGUUUGAUUACGGUUAUUGGGUUGAACCCCAUGUAAUUGUGAACCGAUGUGAGAUUGGUUGAUGAUAUAUGGUUUAGUGAGUGUUUGAUUAUGGUUUUUGGGUUGAACCCCAUGUAAUUGUGAACCGAUGUGAGAUUGGUUGAUGAUAUAUGGUUGAAUGAGCGUUUGAUUAUCGGUUUUGGGUUCAACCCCUGUAAUUGUAAACCGAUGUGAGAUUGAGGUUAGGUAUAUGGUUGAAUGAGCGUUUGGUUAUCGGUUUUGGGUUGAACCCAUGUAAUUGUGAACCGAUGUGAGAUUGGUUGAUGAUAUAUGGUUUAGUGAGUGUUUGAUUACGGUUUUUGGGUUGAACCCCAUGUAAUUGUGAACCGAUGUGAGAUUGAGGUUAGGUAUAUGGUUGAAUGAGCGUUUGAUUAUCGGUUAUGGGUUCAACCCAUGUUAUUGUAAAUCGAUGAUUAUUUGGGUCGGUCAUAAUGAAGAAAUUCCUAGAUCCUAAACCCUCACCGUCGUAAGUCGUAACAGUGAUGCCGUUUCUUCCUUCUCCUCCUUCGUCGGCGCCAGAGGACUGAUCCUCGGUUCCUCCCUGUCGACUUCUUCCUUCCUGCUUCCCUCCCAGCCUCAGUUCUUAAUUGUCGUCCUUAGUCGGCUCUUCUCCACCAAUAUUACGAAACCAGAUUCUUCCUAUCUCCCUUCCUUCGUCUUCCCUUCUCUACGCAACCAUCGAUUUUCCAUUCUCCCUUAUUCGCCCAUCCUUCGUCAGCCGCCGAAGACCUGCAGACCGCUCUCAAUCACGCUCCGUCAAGUACGAUUACCUCUUCUCCUGCUUUACCUGUGUGUUUUGCGCUUCUAGUAGCCUCAGAUUUCGAUUUUGAGUCUUGUGAAUUUAGGGUUCCACGGGUUUUUUUGGGAAAUUGUUGGUUUUCGUCCAGAUUUGUGCGGUUCUAGUUGCUUCAUUUUCGAUUUCUAUUUGCACUCACGGGUUCUCUUGGGAAACUUAUGGGUUUCGCCGGACUUUGGGUUCUUUUGAGAAAUCAGGGACUUAUGGGUUCUUCUUGGUAUGGAGUACGGUUUAGGCUAUGGUUUCUUUCAUUUGUGAAUGGUUGGUUUGUCGCAGAAGUGAAGGGGAAACUAUAGAACUGAUAUGGCACCUAUCGAGCUGAGUUUGCUUAACUCGGUCUUGCCUCGUGUUUGUUUCAAUUGAUUCGGUCGGUUUUGGGUGGUGAAUAUGUGGAUUUCAAUUGUCUCUAAACUUCAUUUUGUUGCUUGUUUUCAGUUGAUCAACUAUGGAAGGGUUGAUGGAUGAUAUGAGCACAGGCAAGGACACGGUAAUUGACUUGAAUGUUGGUUUAGAUUGGGGAAUGGAUUAUGGAGAUGAUACCGGUGGUGUUAGAGAUAGUGACGAUAUGGAGGACAAUGUCGACACCAGCGAUAGUGAUUCUGAGGAUGAUAAUAACACUAACUUUGGUGAUGAUGAUAAAGAGAACAUCUCAGAUGAGCAUUUGCACAGCUUCGAAACACAGCCACACAGCUCAGAUGCACCUCUACACAAAGAUGCUGCAAAUCCAGCCAUGGCUCCACCGUACUCGAGUAUGUAUGACUGGACCUUGCUUGAUAAAGUCGGGAAUGGUAAGCCAUAUUCUAAAUGGGAGUCGGAUGAUGUUGUGGGUUAUGAGUUUGAAACCCUUGUGGAGGCUGCCAAGUUCUAUUCAACUUAUGGUUGUGCCAUGGGAUUCAACGUACGAAAGAAUACUCACACAUAUUCAAAAUAUGGAGUUAAAAAUAUGCAGGGAUGGGUUUGCUCACGCGAGGGGGAGCGUCAACCAGUGCACAAUGACAAGGAGAACAGAAAGCGUGAACCUAGGCCUGUAACAAGGCUCCAUUGUCCGGCAGCUUUCAAAGUCAGUUUUGUUGAGGCAACUAACCGAUUCAAGGUGAAGCAGUUUGUACCAACACAUUUUCAUCACUUAGCUGGAGCACAUGAAGUGCAGUUUUUGAGUUCUCGUCGCAAGGUAGAUGACGCAAGUAAGGCUCAGAUUCGAUCACUUAGGGCUGCUGGUAUUCGCACCAAUCAAAUAAUGGAUUAUCUAGUGAAUUGUGCGAGAAGCUUUCAGAACUUGGGUUUCACUAAGACCGAUGUCUACAAUUUUGUUAGUGCGGAUCGGAGGUCGGAGAUCUUGGAUAGUGAUAGUGAAGCUGCACUUGCCUACUUACAAGCACGGGCAACUACCGAUCCUCGUUUUUAUUGUAGAUAUACAGUAAGUGAUGGUGGUGAACUAGGCAAUAUGUUAUGGGCUGACUCUACUUCAUAAUUGGAUUAUAGUCUCUUUGGAGAUGUUCUUGUUUUUGACUCGACGUACAAGACUAAUGCAUAUAAUCUUCCAUUUCUUCUAUUCAUUGGUGUGAAUAAUCACAAUGCAAGCACUGUUUUUGCAUGUGCUUUACUUGCGGAUGAAACGGCGGAGAACUACGUAUGGAUUCUAAAUGCUUUUUUACAUUGCAUGGGUGGUAAGAAGCCAACCGCAGUUAUAACAGAUGGUUGUUCUUCAAUGAGGAAAGCUAUCAAGUCGGUUCUCCCUGGAUCCCGACAUCGGUUAUGUUCUUGGCACUUGGGCAAUAACGCAGAAGCGCGUGGCCAUGCGGAAGGCUUCCGGGAGGAUUUCAAACGAUGCAUGCUAAACAGCAGUUCUAUUCCACAAUUUGAAGCUACGUGGAAGGAAAUUUUGUCCAAGUAUGACCUGGAGCACAAUGCGUGGAUGAAGAAGAUGUAUAGGCGACGAGCUCUAUGGGCCACAACUUACUUGAAAGGUAUUUUCUUUGCUGGGAUGACUACGUCACAACGUUGUGAGAGCAUGAACUCUUAUCUAGACAAAUUCUUGCAAAGUAAGAUGAAGUUGUUUGAGUUUGUCAAGCAGUUUGACAUGGCACUUUUGUAUAGGAGACAAACUGAGUUACAUGACCAGUUUAAGACAAUACAUACUGAUGUUGUUUUGAUGACACAUUUACAUGAAAUUGAAAGGCAUGCCUCUAUAGUAUAUACAAGAAAUGUGUUCAGGAGCGUUCGAGCAGAAAUAGCGAGAGAAGUUCAUUAUUAUAUUACAGACAAGUGUGUGUUGACCAAUAAAACAAUUUACACAUUGUCACGAUUCAAAUACCCUGACUCAAAGUGCACUGUGGUCUUUUACACGAGUGGACAUGAUGUGCAUUGUUCUUGUGGCAUUUUUGAGUUCUGCGGAAUUCCAUGUCGGCAUAUAUUCUGUAUAUUGAAAGCAGAAAAUCAAAUACAAAUUCCAAAGUCACUCAUUUUGAAGUGUUGGACUAAAGAUGCAAAAGAGUUUGAUCCCUCGAGUAUGGGAAGCUGUCCUACCCAGCAAAAUAUUAGCAGGUAUUAUAAAUGUAAGUUGUUGAUUUAGUUCUUUGUUUACUUCUAUUGUGCUAGGAACCAACUACAAAAUUGCUUGUUUAUUUGGACAGGUUUGGAUUCUUGGUUGGUCAAUGUAGUAGAAUGUGCCAUUAUGCUGUGAGUUCGGAUGAAGCAUUUCAUACUGCCAAAGGGUUGAUUGAAGACUUGACCUUGCGAGUGAAGACAAUAAGUGAAGAAACAACCAACAAAACAAAUAAUGCUACUACGGAUGCUGGAGUGAACUCCUCUCAGUUUAUUAAGGACCCCCAUCCAGUUCGAAGUAAAGGGAAUGUGAAGCAACCUCAAGUGAAAACACGGUUGUGCUAGUAUUGUAGGCGUCCUAAACAUACAAUCAGAAAUUGUCCGCUGAAAAGAAUGGCUGAAGCAGGUGCAGGUGAUAGUCAUUUCACGCAACAAGAAUACAACUUCGAGUCCAUAGGAGCAGGUGAAAGCAGCUUUCAUGUGGAGACUCAAGUAUCUGUUCUACUUCCCAAACGAUCCAAGCACAACCUGUAAUGCUGGUGUUCGGCUUCAAACAACAUUAUGUUUCAUCUUGUCAUGUUUGUUUUGUGCAAGUUAGUAUCUAGUGACAUUGAAUGGAUCUAUGUAAUGCUUGUGUCUAGCUUCAAAGAACAUUAUGACUCAUCUUUUCAUAAGCUUGUAGUUUUCAAAAACAGUAUAUUAUGUUUCUUACACCAUUAUAAUAAGUACAGGGGUUAGUU